AUGAACCGACUCCGGAACUUGAGGCGUCCGGAGCCGCUCCGGGGCCCCCCGCAGUGGGUCCCCACUCUGGGCGAGCUGCAGAAGACCCUCCAGCAUGGGGAGCACUUGCCCCUCCGCCCGCUGCCCAUGUUCGAGAGUAACUUCGUCCAGGUGACCAAUCGAGGGGCCCCGGUGUACGUGCACCACAGGACCAACCGAGUGACCAUGGGCGUGGCCGCCUCCCUGCCAGGCCUGGUGCUGCCGGACAUGCUGCUGCUGGCGCAGCCCCCCGAGGACAGGGAGUGCUCCAACCUCGUCCUUACCAGGAUGAUACCGCUGGACCUGGCCCACCUCUACGUCCACGACCUGUCCGCCUGGCGCUUGAAGCUGCGCCUGGUCACGGGCCGCUACUACUACUUGGAGCUGGACGCCCCCGACAGCGAGGUCGGCUUCCUGUUCGACCGCUGGAUGCGCCUGAUCAACCAGCUCCAGCAGCCGGCCACUUCCUGGGCCCCCAGGACCCUGCACACGCCCCCCACGGGCCUCUCUCACCUAGGGCCUCCUGCCUCCACCUGGCGCCUCCAGGUCCCGUCCCACCACAGACGUUCAGUCACAACUGUCGAGCCCACCUUUCCUUACAAGAUUCUGACAGCUCAAAAACAGAAGGUCAAGACCCUCAAGCGCAAAUUCAAGUCUCAGGCCGUGGGCGACUCUCUGCCUCUCGUGUGGUCCCAGCUGGAGCACACGGAUGCCACGAAGAAAUCCACGGAAAAGAAGCCCCAACCCGACCUCCCCUCUGGCAGACCGAAGACUGAAAUCCAAGUUUCUGAGAAGCCCAGCAUCACCAUUCGGACCAUCUUCAGCAUCAUUUCCAACACACCAGACCACAUGGAGUCUUCUCCCAAGGCAGUUGGUUGCUCUGACUCUGAGGGUGGCACGUGCCUGGCAGGCUUAUUGGAGACCCCUUUACACUGCAUCUCGGAGGACAGCCCUGAAAUGCCCCUGCUGGGCGCCUGUGACGGCCUGGAUAUGUGCGCGUGGCAGCAGGAUGUGCACAACCUGAUGGACCCUGAGACCAGCACCAUGUCCACCUGCUCCAUCCGCCCAGCCUCCUACACUCCCGACUUCCCCAGUUUCAACGAGAAGGCCAGGCCUCUGCCGCGCACCUGGAAGCCUCCAGCUGUGCCCGCUGCCCUUCGUAAGGCUCCCUUCAUCCUUGACCAGUCCAAGAGGGUCUCGGCUGUGUCGGCUCCACUGCAGAUGUCCACUGCGCCCAGCCCCUCCCAGAAGGCCACAGCUUAUCCUCGUGCUCCCCAAAAAGGCCCAUUUCAGAACCCCCCUCAUGCACCAACCAUUCCCCAAAAGGCCACAGCCGUGCCUGGCCCAUCUCAGAAGCCCCGUCAUGCACCAGCCAUCCCCCAGAAGGCCCCAGCCAUGGCUGUGCCAUCUCAGAGGGCCCCAGGAACACUUGGUGUUUCCCCAAAGGCUGUUUCCCACCCUGCUCCCAACAGAAAAUCUGUGUUCCUACCUGCCCCAUCCCUGAAGGAUCUGACCUCAUCCACCCAACACCGCAUGACACUGGGCCCUGACAGUGUCAGCGUGGUGCCCGCCAGAAGCCACACAGGGGACGUGCUUGAGAAGAGGAAGCCUGAAGAGAAGACAGAGCCAGUGAAGUUGAUGGGCACCAAGGAGAAGAACGUGGUAGAGACGAGAACUCAGAAAACGACCAUGGAGGUGCCUUUUACCACCACCGAGAAGACGUCGGAGGAAGUCCUGAUCCGCAGGGCCCAGGAGAUCGCCGUGGAUGGCUUGAAGGGCAAGGGCAAGCUGGAGGACAGGGUCCACACAAUGAAGGAGGAGAUCGCUCAGGACAUGCCAGGCUUCAAAUCCAAGGAGGUGGGGCAGCAGAAGAAGUGGGUCAAGUCCAAGAAACUGGCCAUCCAACAAGCCCCCCAGGAGCAGACCAGGCCCUUCUCUGUGGAAGGGCUCACCCUUGCCAAGCUGAUGAUCAUUGCCGGCUCCAAGGACCCCACCUUGAGGUCGGCUCUGGUCGACCUGCCCUCCUGGUUCUCAACUUCACAGGGGCAUGACUUGUCCACGAUGGGCAGGGUACCCCUCAGCCCCACCCAUUUGUCCAUGCUGGAGGAGACGCUGGUGGGGGUCAGGGAGCAGCCACAGUUGGGGGUCAGGGUGGAGGAGAUGCCCCAGGACUCAAAGGGACCUCCCAACGUGUCCUGUCACCCCAGGCGUGUGGCCAGCAGCCCCAAGAUGAAUGUUGCCUCUCAGACUCCCAUCCCUCUGCCCGCCACGAGGUGGGAGGACAUACCCGAGUCACCCACCUCGCUGACCCCCAUCUCAAAGAUGGAGGCCAGGGUCUCCCAGCAGCCCAGGAGGGUGUCUCAAGAACCUGAGAGGGGGCCAGACCAGGGCCCUGUGGCUACAGUGGGGUCGAACUUGGAGAUCCUCCUGCCCACCCUCUUGGAAAUCCAGAGUAUGAAGGACGAGGCCUUCAAGGUGGAGAAGAUAAAGGAGGAACUGGGUGCCUUCGCUCCUUCGCCCAGGUAUUUGGCGAAGGAGCAGCAGCGGAGGCUGUGGGCGGAGCAGGUGUCAGGGAGAAGACUGGGAAUUCUGUCCUGGACAUCUUGCCUCUGA